CCACUAUAAAAAACUACCAUUUCCAACCAAAAACCGACCCCCUAACUUUCUCACUCCUCUCCCUCUCUCUCUCUAGAAAUAUGCACUCCUCCGCCGCACCUCCCCUUCUCUGCCGCCUCGGCCUCCUCCUCCUCCUUCAAUCUCUUCCACCUCUCAAUGUGGCGACCGCCGCCGCCGCUGCCGCCGGAGAAAACCCGUUCACUCCGAAGAGCUACGUGAUCCGUUAUUGGAAAAACCACAUCUCCAACGACCUGCCGAAGCCCUCCUUCUUGCUCGACAAGGCGUCGCCGCUCACCGCGGCGGAGUUCGCCGCCUUCUCCAAGCUCGCCGGCGACCCGAUCUCCCUCUCCGCCCGCCUCCGGGACUUCUGCCUCCGAGCAAACCUCUUCUGCUUCCCCGAUUCCCCGCCGCCGUCGGUGCAAAAAUACUCCGACAACGUCAACUUCACCUCCUACGUCGGCAUGAACUUUACCAACUACGGCGGCGACAGAAUCGGCAGCGCCGACUCCUUCGUGAGCUACUCCGACGAGACGAACCUCGCCACCGACAACUUCCGCCGUUACGGCCGCGACUCCGCCGCCCACACGGAGGCGUUCGCCAGCUACGGCACCGACGUCAACCGGCCGGAUCACAGCUUCGCCGGCUACGGCGGCGGCGCCACCGGCGGCGGAGGGAAAUUCACCAAUUAUCAGGCGGACGUCAACAUGCCGAGCCUCCGAUUCACGGCGUAUUCCGACAGCGGCAACGGCCGCGCGCAGGCAUUCGCCGAAUACAGCAAAAAUGCCAACUCCGGCAGCGAGGGUUUCACCAGCUACGGGAAAAACGGCAACGGCGCCGCUAAUGAAUUCCGCAAUUACGGCAAGAAUGCAAACGUGAUGGCGUCGGAAUUUGAGAAUUACGGCCGGACCGGCAACGGCGGGAGGGACGAGUUCGCCUCGUACGGCCACGACGGCAAUCAGCCGGAAAAUAAUUUCAAUAGUUACGGCAACGGCGGGAACGGCGGCGGCGAGAGCUUCACGAGCUACCGGAACGAGUCGAAUGUAGGGGUCGACGAUUUCCGAUCCUACGGCAAGAAAUCCAACGCCGCCGAGGCCGAUUUCAAGCUCUACGGACGCUCCGGCGGAAGCACCAGCUUCGCCGGCUACGGCAAAGACGCGUCGUCGCAAAAAACCAACUUCAAAGUCUAUGGUGUAAACACGACUUUCAAAACUUAUAAUAAAGAGGGAGUCGCAUUUGCGACAUACGCCAAUGAAAGUAAGGGUGAUGUGGCGGCAUCGUUACGUGCGUCGAAGGGCAAAAGGGUAAAUAAGCCUGCGGCGAUUGAGCCGGGAAAGUUUUUUAGGGAGGAAAUGCUGAGGAGCGGAGGGGUCAUGCCGAUGCCGGACAUCCGGGACCAAUUUCCCCGGAGAUCGUUUCUACCCCGAGCGGUCGUCUCGAAGCUCCCCUUCUCGACCCAUGCGGUCGGUAGAUUGGAGAACAUUUUCCAUGCUGGCAACGGGUCCAGCAUGGCGAGCAUUCUGGUCAAUUCAUUGAGCGAGUGUGAGCGGGCCCCGAGCUCUGGGGAGACCAAGCGGUGUGUGGGCUCGAUCGAGGACAUGAUUGACUUCUCGGUGUCUGUGUUGGGCCGUAACGUGACGGUCCGGACCACGGAGAACACCCGAGGAUCAAAUGGUAAUAUCAUGUUGGGGAAGGUUGAAGGGAUCAAUGGCGGGAAAAUAACCAAAUCGGUCUCUUGUCAUCAAAGCCUCUUCCCUUACUUGCUAUACUACUGUCAUUCGGUUCCAAAAGUCCGGGUCUACGAAGCGGAUAUUUUGGAUCCGAAAUCCAAAUUCAAAAUCAAUCAUGGCGUUGCCAUUUGUCACAUGGAUACAUCGUCGUGGGAUCCGGAUCACGGAGCCUUCGUCGCCUUAGGAUCCGAACCCGGGAAGAUCGAAGUGUGCCAUUGGAUUUUUGAGAAUGACAUGACUUGGAAUAUAGCGGAUUGACAUGUCUGAAACGGAACCCGUUUUUACAAAACUCAAAACAAUUUGUCUCGAUGCAGAGGUCUUCACAUAAGAAUCAUGGGAUCAAAUUGCUGUUUAGAUCUAGAGAGAUUAUAAAUUUGAAUCUGAUCAAAGACAGAGAUGAACAUAUAUAGUAAAAGCACAUGUUUGUGAAGAUACAUGGCAAUAAUUUCAUGGUCUUCAUAGAUCAAUGUUUGUACGGUGUAGAAAAGUUUAAUUAAACUUGUAAUUUUUUUUUAAUUAUCAAAAUGGUUCAUAAUUGUGAGCAGAGUUUUUAAUUUUUUUUUUUAUUACUAAUUAAAUUCACAAUUGUUCAACUCAUCUAAAAAAUUUCAAAUUUUUUGUACUUGGAAAUUAAGUAGUAUAUCCAUGAAAUUGAUAAAAUGUGACACAUUUUAAUCUUGUACUGAGAAAUGAUAAUAUAAGAUUAAUAACCACAGAGUAAAAAGAAUCGGUUGCUUCAUAAAAAAAACCAGAAGCAACUUAGUAACAAAAGCUCUUCAAAAACUCGAGCUCAUGCCACCAUCCAAGAAAAAAAUAAAAUAAAAUAAAGCAUCAUAUACACAUUAUUGAUGCUUAAUUGUAAUGAAAUCAAGUGUGUGGCAAUGCUAAAAUAUUCGAUCACCACACACGAACAAAUUGUUCUUGAUCUAGCGACGUAGAGCUCUUCUCAUUGAAAGCAUGAAGAAUCCUAAUGAGCGACGCCGCUUUCUUGCUCAACCGCGGCGAGCCGUCGGCGAUCAACGAGUAGAGCGACACCAUCAGCGACGAGUUCUUUACUAAAAUUGGAACCACGUCUGUCGCGUCGUUGUUGCAUAAAGACAGCAGCAACGACACGCUGUAUUCUCGGGCGCUUCUCGAGUUGGAAGAGUUGAGAAUCUGCACUGUGAUCGGCAGAAUCUCGGCACUGACGAUGGCCACCGCUCCGUCAACUCGGGUAGCGAGUGCGGCCAACACAGUCAGAGAAUCUGCUACGAGAUCUUCAUUUUCAAAAGAUCUCAAAAGAUUCGCUAGCAGUGGGACUAGUCCUGCUGCUAGCACCCUCCAGUGGUUCUCAGGGUGCAUGAGGAGGCCUAGGAUUGCGGCCAGCGCACACUUCUUCCCACGGUCCUCCCCAUCCCUGAGGACACCUAUGAGGCCCUGGAUGGCCCCUGGGGCCCGCCCUAUCUUCCUCCGAUUAUCUUCAACCGAGGAAAGAUAGAAUAGCGCACUAGCUGCAUGCUGGCGCGCUUCCCCAGUCAGACCGUCGUUCAAGAUCUCGACUACGAACUCCAAUCCCUUAUCUUCCACUAUGAUCUUCUUGCUCCUGGGAUGCUUUGACAAGUUAACCAAUGCGGCUAUCGCGUUACGCUGCAAUGCCUGAUCGGUUGACCGAAUCAGGCCUAGUAGAGACGGGAUAGCGUCUGCUUCGACGAAACAAGAUCGGUUAAAAGGGCUUGUUUUGGUAAGCAGACGUAUCUCGAAUGCGGCCUUAUUCUGUUCCUCAUUCGUCCCUACCACCAGCCUUCUGACCAGGAAGUUAGCGAGCAGAGCCAUGGCCUGCUCCGCCGCUACACUUCCUGCAUCAACAGACAUUGACGACGGUCUCGAUUCAUCGAAUUGGAUUCUAUUUUCUUGAAAUUUUUUGAUAAUGAGAUGCUUCAGUGCAAGAUUCGGGACUAAAUCCACGCUCAUGAGCUUCUCACCGGUCACAGGACAAGUGUGAUUGCCCGAACUGAACCAUUUGAGAAUCGAAGAUCGGUCGUACGUGUGACCGGUCGACAAAGUCACCGGUUCGCUCAUGAUCUCCAUGGUGAUCGGGCACCUAAAAUCGUCGGGGUUCAAAACCUUAACCGACCGAUCGUCAGUUUCGCAUAGAACCGGCCGGUUCUUUCGCCUCUCGAUGCUCGAGAAAAUCGUGCAUCUACAAUAGACCAAGAAUGCGAUCAGACUGCUGAUAAAAGGGACAGCCCUUUUCUCAGCAGUACCGCAUUCUUGUCCGAACUCACUCUCCAAACACUUGAUCUCGUCGCCGCAUUCGCCCCAGCUCCCGAUCCUCAAAUCCUCGAGCACCCGUCUCAGGUCGGCCGGUUCGGGCGCGAUCCCGCGCCCGAAACGGCGCGUGAUGCGGAGGACCCUCCUCUUCGCGCGCCGGUCCUCUCUCCGCACUUCGGGAUUCGACUCCGCCGCCUGCUUCCGCAUGAGCUCCAGCAGCUCGCGCGCCUCGGCGUCGGAUUCAGGAGGCGGGAGGACGUCGAGAGCCACCGCGACGGAGUUGAGGAGGAGGCGGAAAUGCGAGGAGGCUUCCUCGGAUUUGAGCAGCAUCCACAGCCUGGCGUCGUCUCUGGCGCAGUCGUGGAGAAGGAACCGAAGCUUCUGGAAGAUGAAGUGGAGUUCGGAGAGGCAUAGUGAAACCGUGGAGGAAUCUUCGAAGCUCGGCCACGUGUCAUCUCGGAGCUCUUCGAGGAAGACGAGGAGGGCUUCGAUGAGGCGGAUCGAAUUCGCGGCGUUUUGCUUGUUUGUGAAGAAUGUUUUCGAUUUGAAGCUGCAUAUUGAGCGGCUGAGAUUGAUCAGAGAAGCGAGGAGGGUUGGGAAGGAGACGGAUUCGCAGGGACGAAUCGCCGGAAAACUCAGAAUCCGGCGGCGGAAUUCGUCGGAAUUUUGGACCAUUGACGAAAAAAUAGGUAAUAAAUGAAAUCUAUGUGAAUUCUAAGGCCUUGUGUGUUGUGUUUGCGAAAUGAAAAAGAAAAGAAAGAGAUGAAGAAAAGUUCGAAACUGAUGU